AUGGUUAGUCCAACAAAUACCCAACCUGAGGCAGAAACCACCAUUUCGAAUGGAGCUCUGGUAAAACCUUCUAAUGCUACUGUUAAACGCGGGUCCUCUCUCCCCGAUCAGCCCCCGCUGAAAAGUGUUAACACAUCGAUAAAAAAUUCGGGAAAUGUGGUUAUGAAAAACUCAGAAAUGAAGCAAUCGACGAAUGUUGCUAUUGUUACCAUGACCGAUACCAUUAUCGAGGCUGACACUAAUGAUGAAACAAACGAUAACAAGUAUGAACAGGUAUCAUUGUCGGCUGAAUCUCAACCAUCGACAAAGUUACCGAUACCUGCUCCGAUUCCUCCUGUCAACUAUUGGGAAAUGAGAAAGCAGCAGAAUGCUAAAAGGGUACCUAAAGAUCAAAGUAGUUGGCCUGCACCGGCUGAAGUUUUGAUAAAGGAUAAGGAAAAGGAGGCAAAUGAAAAUUCAGAGAGAAAACAAUCUGAGAAAUGGAUUCCGUACGUGCUACCAAUUACUCAUUCUACACCACCGCCAAAUCACGGACAAAAGCAUCGCCGGCGCAGUGAGGAUUCAGUCCCUCAUACCGGAACUAGAGAACGUCGAACAAAUGUCGAAAAGCCAUUCAAUAGUAAUGCUGAAUCUGCUGAAACAUCAACAAUGACUGCAACAGCAUCACCGUCAGGAUCAUCGUUACAGCAAAAUGGCAACUCGAAUCCAAGACGACGUGCUAGCGUGCCACCACCAAAUGGACGUGAACAAUAUAGUCGUCGAUAUUCUCAAUCUGCCGCUGAUAAUGGACAGCUAGGACAUCACAUGAAUAAUGGAUCAUUUCGGGGUGGACGAAGAGGAGGGGGUAGAAGCCGACCAUUUAAUGGAACUCGUGCUCCACCACGAUCAACGACAUAUUCUUAUUCUGCCGGCUUUCCACAACAAUAUGGAAACUUAUUUACGGCAAAGAUGCCUCCAUAUCUUUAUGACAUAGAGAUUUUGAAGUAUUACAUACUCCAACAAGUCGAAUACUAUUUCAGUAUCGAGAAUUUAUGUAAAGAUUUAUUUCUACGAAGUAAUAUGGACGUGUAUGGCUUCGUUGAUAUAUCAUUGUUAGCUAAUUUCAAUCGAGUCAAACUCUUGACCUUAGAUGAAAACCUUGUUCGUGAGGCUCUCCUCCAUAGUUAUGUUGUUGAGGUUAGCGGCGACAAGGCUAGAAAACGCGAAGGUUGGGAAAUGUGGAUAUUACCGAACCAAAGCCAACAAAAUAGAAACGAAGAUACUCUGGCCGAAUCGACAUAUAAUUAUGACUCGUCAAUUAUAGAAGAAUACGAUAAUGAAUUAAAUGAAUCAUCAAAUUCAACAAGUACAAUCACCACGACGUCAACCUAUACUCAUAAUAUUACUCUCGAGAAUUUUGAACCAUUGACCGCGACAGCAUCACGAUGA